CCACAUAAAAAAUGAUAAACAAUUAAAACAGGAAGGAUCUCCUAUCAAUUUUAUUUGCACCAAAUAUUUUAUUUAGUAUCAAUUUUGAAAAGUUUAGGAAAUAUUCUUAAUUAAAUAUGAAAAUUAGUAUACUUUUUUUGGUAUUUGGUAUCCAAGUUUUACAAUAUUGUGAAGCUCUUUCUAUAAAACGGGGUGCAGUUACGUUUAUAGAAAAUAAACAUGAAAACACCAUAGAAGAUUUUAAAAAUCAAAAUCACAUUAGAAGGAAACGCUAUUUGGGACUUAGUAGAAAGUUUAAGUUAAAUAAACGAUAUCAAGAAUGUAUUGCGCCUGGAGAUGCAACAGGGCACUGCAAACAUAUUUCUUACUGUCCUGCGGCUGUUUUUCAGCAGAUAAAUACUUUGGAUUAUUUGUGUGUAAUAGAGGAAAGAUUUGUAGGAGUUUGUUGUCCCGAUGAUAUAACUGCUUCAGGUGUAGCAGGAGCGCAGCUUAUCGUCGACUUACCAGCAGGAGGAGAUGACUACGAUGAAGAAGACAAAUAUACAGGAUGUGGACUCCCUGUUGAAGGCAGAACAACUGUAGGGACAAAACAAUCCAGCAUUCAAGAGUGGCCUUGGAUAGCUGCUUUAUACAGACAUCCACAGUUAGAACAAGGUUUAGAGCAACAGUUUUGUGGAGGAGCACUUAUCACAGACACGCAUAUUUUAACGGCAUCCCAUUGUACCCAAGGAUUGAAUGCUGGCGAAAUCCGUGUACGACUAGGAGAAUACGAUUUUGACAGAUCUAACGAAUCGCGCUCCAGAGACUAUGAAGUUGCUGAGAUUAUAGAACACAAAUCUUUUAUCUUAGCAACAUACGAAAACGACAUAGCAAUUCUCAGAUUGAAGACUCCGACAAGUUUCAAUUCUUAUAUGUGGCCAAUAUGUCUUCCGCCCCGUAACAGGGAUUACGUCAACGAGACGGUUGUGGUUGCUGGUUGGGGUCAACAAUUUUUCGCUGGCCCAACUAGUCCUGUGUUACUCCAAGUUUCUAUACCAGUUUGGCCGCUAAACAAAUGUGUUGAUUCUUUUGUACAGAAAAUUACCGAUGAUAAUAUUUGUGCUGCUGGUUACGAAGGGGGAAAAGAUUCUUGUUUGGGCGACUCAGGUGGUCCCUUAAUGUACCAACUAGAAAACGGGAGAUGGAUAACAGUAGGAAUAGUGUCCUGGGGAAUAGGAUGCGGGAACAAAGAUAGUCCUGGAGUUUAUACAAGAGUUGGCAACUAUUUACCCUGGAUAAUAAAACACACCAUGGUGAAAAGAACUCCAACAUAAAGUCAUAUCGUUUGUAGAUAACUAUGAAAUACAGCAAUAAAGUUGAGCAAUUUUUGAAUUUUA